AUGGAAACGAGUCCAUUGGACUUCGCCGGGCCAUUCCAAGACAAAAUGUUCCUGGUGGUUGUGGACGCCUUCUCCAAAUGGCCUGAAGUAAUCGUCAUGAGCUCUACUACUGCUUCUCACGCUGUAGAUGUCAUACUGACGAUCUUUGCCAGAAACGGCAUACCCGAACGUAUCGUCACUGACAAUGGACCGCAGUUCACAUCAAGCGUGUUCAUGCAGUUCAUGAGGAACAAUUCGACAUUCCUUGACAGCACCAUACCACCCAGCAACCAAUGGACUUGCUGGGCGUUUUGUCCAGACACUCAAAUCAGGCCUGAAAUCUAUGCAGGGGGAAGGGAGUAUCCACGAGAAUCUCGCAAAGUUCCUUAUUGCAUAUCGCACUUGCCUCCACACAAGGACUGGGGAAACUCCAUCAAAACUCUUCCUGGGACGCGAAAUUCUCACCCGCCUGUCACUUAUCAGGACAAGUGUUCAAGACAAGGAACUGAUAGGUGGACCACUGGUCUUGUCCUCAGACGCUACGGACCAUUGUCCUAUGAAGUAAAGGUUGGUGACAAAAUCUGGCGCCGGCACAUCGAGCAGCUGAAACCGGGUGCCUGCGAACGCCAAAACGCUCGCGAAGAAAACCGCAGACCAACUUCAAAUUACUCUGUUGCUCCAGAGCCCAUGGUAGCGGAUCGACCACACCAACCAGAAGCAGAAGUUACUCCUCCGAGCGAGUUGCACACGACUCCUGAGAAUGUGCACGCUCCGAAUACAGCAGUCCCUGAUCUAGGAAAUGGGAAUGCACAAGUCGCAAAGACGCCCCGUCCCCAACGAAAAAGAAGACCUCCGGAAAGGCUGAUUGUGGGACUGGACUAA